AACCGGGAAAAUUUGUGCGAGGUAAUUAGUAGAUAUUACCGUCAUUACCGAUGUAAUAACAAAAACUGACGCAUUCUAGGAGAUAACCUAUGACCCUUGCGUCAAUUUGUCGUCACAACCAAUGCCUCCCGCAGAGAUUUAUCUUUUUACAUUAUUGCUCAAUUAAAGAUAUUGACACAGAAAUUUUUUUUAACAGUUUUAAGGAUGUGUCUCAAAAUAAUUCUUUAUGGCACUUACGUCACUAGCUAAAUUCCAGCACUGCAUAACCUAAAGAAAAUGUGGAAAAAUGAUGAUAUUAACAAAAUUCCUGAAAUUUCGCAUAAACACUAUCCAAGUUAAUGAGAAACCUUUUCAAAUUUGCUUGUUUGCAAGGAAAGUGUCAAAAUUGAUCGACGGCAAAAAAAUUGCCCAGGACAUUCAGAAAGAAAUACGGGAUGACAUCGAUCAAUGGGUGAGCCAAGGGCACAGGCCCCCAUGUCUAAUUGCUGUCCUUGUGGGAGAGGAUCCAGCCAGCAAGAAAUAUGUUGAGAAUAAAAUGAUUGCAGCCCAAAAUGUUGGUAUUGUUUCCAGGACUAUUAAUUUGCCAAGCACGAUUUCUGAGCAAGAGAUAAUAUCCCAGAUUUACAAGUUAAACAAAGAUCCGUCAGUUGACGGAAUUCUGGUGCAACUCCCCGUCCCUGAACAUGUGUCUGAAAGGAAUGUUUGCAAUUCCGUUGAUCCCAGAAAAGAUGUAGAUGGUUUUCACAUACUCAACAUGGGGAAAUUAGCAAUAAAUAUGGACACUUUUGUACCCGCUACCGCGCUUGGUGUCAUCGAACUAAUAAAGAGGUCAAACAUUAAGACCUUUGGUAAAAAUAUCGUGGUAUGCGGCCGAUCGAAGAACGUUGGACUCCCCAUUGCACUGCUGCUACAUUCUGAUGCCCGAAAUGAUUGUCCAGGUCUUGAAGCCACCGUCACCCUGUGCCAUAGGCACACGCCUUCCGAGGAACUAGAGUUUUUCGCCAAAAGGGCUGAUAUAAUCAUAUCAGCGACUGGAGUCGUUAAUUUAAUAAAACCAGACAUGGUGAAACCUGGAGCCUGCAUCAUCGAUGUCGGCAUUACGCGAAUCACGACAGAAAGUGGAAAAACUAAACUUGUAGGAGACGUGGAUUUCGAUGGGGUGAGUCAUGUGGCCGGGUACAUAACUCCCGUGCCAGGCGGCGUUGGUCCCAUGACAGUCGCCAUGUUGAUGCACAAUACAUUCAAAGCCGCAAAAGCUUUGGCUAAUGACGUCAUCGUUUAAGUCAACGAUCAUGAAGUAUUCCAUAUUUAUUUUUUACUAUCCCAGUAUUAUAAUAAAUGAAUGUUUUACGAUAUGUUUUAUUAAAAUAUCGUGUGU